AUGGCGUGGGUACCUAUGGAGUCUGUAGUGGAAGAGCUGAUGCCCCGCCUCUUACCGGUGGAGCCCUGCGACUUGACAGAAGGUUUUGAUCCCUCGGGACCCCCGAAGACGCCUCAGGAAUACCUGAGGCGCGUCCAGCUCGAAGCAGCCCAAUGUCCAGAUGUUGUGGUAGCUCAAAUUGACCCAAAGAAGUUGAAACGAAGGCAAACUGUGAAUGUUUCUCUUUCCGGAUGCCAACCUGCUCCUGAAGGAUAUUCGCCCACACUUCAGUGGCAACAGCAACAAGUAGCCCAGUUUUCAACUGUUCGACAGAGUGUGAACAAGCAUAGAAAUCACUGGAAGUCACAACAGUUGGAUAGUAAUGUAACCAUGCCAAAAUCUGAGGAUGAAGAAGGCUGGAAAAAAUUUUGUUUGGGUGAAAGGUUAUGUGCUGAAGGGACAGUUGGACCAGCUACAAAUGAAAGUCCAGGAAUUGAUUAUGUACAAAUUGGCUUUCCUCCUUUGCUUAGUAUUGUUAGCAGAAUGAAUCAGGCAACAGUAACUUGUGUCUUGGAAUACCUAAAUAAUUGGUUUGGAGAAAGAGACUUUACUCCAGAGUUGGGAAGAUGGCUUUAUGCUCUAUUGGCUUGUCUUGAAAAACCCUUAUUACCUGAAGCUCAUUCACUAAUUCGGCAACUUGCAAGAAGGUGCUCUGAAGUGAGGCUCUUAGUGGAAAACAAAGAUGAUGAGCGAGUUCCUGCUUUGAAUUUAUUAAUCUGCUUGGUUAGCAGGUAUUUUGACCAACGUGAUUUAGCAGAUGAGCCAUCUUGA